AUGGAUGUUUCGACCGUUUGGUUGAAGAGCGGGGGGCGGAACCCGGUCCGGAAGACCGACGCGCGUCUUUUGUCAUUACUCCCACCGCUCGCUACCAAAAAGUACUCGAAAAUCGCCUUGAAUGGUUUCGCAGGAGCUGGGCUUUGCUCGGUACUCUCAGGUGUAGCAGCGGUGAAUAUCUAUCGGGCAGAGUAUCCUCGUUCGGACACUACUUCCCGCUUUAACUUCCACUAUCGAGCGGUACAAACGCGAACACGAUCGACACUCUACCUACAAAGUCGGCUCUACUCCACCCUUUCGCACGUUUGCCUCCAAGUCUACCUGACGAUAGAUAAUCUAUCAGCUAUCUCCCCCAAAUUCCCCAGGGACAUUAAAAACCUGGCGACCAGGAAAUGCGGCAGGUAUGCCCUAAACCUCAAAAACCUGCCCUACAAGACCGUCUAUGUCGAACUCCCCGACGUCAAAGCUCUAGCCAAAGAGAUUGGCGCCCCCACCAGCACGAAGCCUGAUGGCGUCUCCCCCUUCUACACGAUCUCCAUCACCCAAGACGACCCCAUCGGUGCCGUAGUUUCUGACUCGGUCGUCGUAAUAGCUUAUCUCGACAAAGCAUACCCUUCCUCCGGGCCCGUUCUCAUCCCCGCCGGGACGAUGAUCCUCUAG